AGAUGCGCGGGUCAAGCAAGAAGACAUCAUGGAAAUCUAAACAGCGAAACAUAUUUUCCCUUCAAAGCAAAUCCACGAAUCCACCACUCUCUCUCUCUCUGUUCAUCAUCGCCAUCUUCUCAUCUCGCCCGAAAUUCUCGUUCUCCAGAUCGAGAUGUUAGAUCCUACCCCAAAUUCCUUCAAACCCCAUUUGUAUUUUCCUGAUUCUUCCAACGAUCACCAAGAUUCCGGCGUCUGUUCACCUCCGCUAUGGAAAACGAGCCCGUCGACGAGCCCUCCUCACCGGAACGGUUACCGGAGCCUCUCGCCGUCGUCGAAGGCUCAGGCCAUCGCUCGCGGACAACGAGAGCUUAUGGAGAUGGUUAGUAAGAUGCCCGAGUCGUGUUACGAGCUUUCCUUGAAGGAUCUUGUCGAGGUGAACGCGAACGAGUUAGAGGAGAGGAAGGUGUUCGAUGAAUUGCCUGAGAGAACAAAUAAGCCGAAUAGGGUUGUGAAGAAGAUGAAAAGCGAUAAAUGGCCGGAGAAGAAUCGAGCCGGGGGCAUGAAUAACGGUGGGUUUCUUCUAAAAUUGGGGUUUCCCAUUAACUUGGGUUCCAAGAAAAGGUCGAAGAAGAAGAAGGAUGAUGAUUCUUCUGUAACAAGUAAGGGUUCUUGGUUGUCGCCGAGGAAUUCUUCUGUAACAAGUAAAGGUUCUUGGUUAUCGCCGAGGAAUUCAAUCUCUGCUGGGUCUGAGAGAAAUGGGGAUAAGGAUUGGUGGAAGAAUGAGUUCUCUGAAUCGCAGGGGAGCGAGAGUGGAAUCUCAAGUAAUAACAGUGGAAGCACAAAGAGCAGUGGUAGCAGCAGCAGCAGUAAUCGAAGUCGAAGCAACAGCAUAAGGGCUAACAGUCCCGGUUGCUUGUCUUUCCUCUGGAAACUACACAUGCGGGAGUGAUAAUCGGUGGCUAUACGAAGAGGAGGAGGAGGAGCUCGGUGUGGAAUAUCGGCCCUUAUAAUGUCGAUUCCGCUCUACCGAGGACGGAAAAAGACGACAUCACAAAGAUUCUAACUUUUGCUUGUAAGUUUCCCCAAUUUUUGGUUGUAAUAAUAAGCCAACGUGUUUCCAAAGUGGAAGAUGAUCUGAUGUGUAUAUAGAUGGCAUAGUGUUUGAUUAUACAAGGAAGUAGGCAUUUCCUUCUCUGGUAAAAAUGUUUGUAUCUGGUUUUUUCAGAUACCAUUGGUUCUGAAUCUCCAUUGUAGGGCUUGUAAUAAAAUAAUUUUAUUA